AUGGAUCUUCAGAAUAAACUCGAAGCGGCCAUAACGCGUAAAAACAAAUACCUUCAAGAAAUGUUGGAUUUCGAAAAAAAUCUGGUAGAAAUUAACGAGCAGCUCGACUGGCAUGAAGAUAUGAAGGCCCAACUGGAGGCCGACCCGAGCUCGGAAGAAAAGGAUCGUUCGCGUGAGUUGUUGCGCAGACACCUUAAACUCACCAUCGAUCUCUUGUUUGUUCGAACGGACAGGAUGCUAUCGUUGGACAAGAAACUGGUCGAGGCGGAAACGGAACAGAGGAUGCUGGAGGAGAAGAUCCGAGAGCAGGAUAGUGCCAGUUCGUAG